CCAUUCUCAGAAUCAAGAUGUUGUGAUUGUCCACCCAACUGUUUCUGCAUUUAUGAGUGAACAAGAAGAUGCUUUCCAUGGAGACUGCACAAAUAGCAAAUCACAAAACAAUGAAGGAAAUCAUUUGGAGAUGCUUGCUCUUGCUGCUGAAAAUGAAACUAUUAAAAAACAUCUUGCUGGCUAAUUCUUCAAAACACUGAACUGAAAAGGAAAGUUGCAAAUGCAGAACAAAAAUCAAAGGAAUUAAGAGAAGAUAAUAAAAAACCUAAGUUAAUGAGUGCUGCAAAGAUAAGAGAAAAUGUGAAAAAAGAUGAAUUUGUGUAUUAUACAGGACUUACAGCCAAACAAUUUAAAGCUUUUUAUAACUUUCUAGUUCCACAAGAGAACCCUUUCAAGAUGUCCAAACGAAUAAAAAGUGCUGAAAAUCUAACCAUGGAGGAUCAACUGUUGUUAGUUACGAUGAAACUUCGUCAAAAUUUUGACUUUGCUCAUCUUGGGAAUUUAUUUGGUAUGACACAACAAGAUGCCAGUUCACUCAUUAAAAAUUGGAUUCAGUAUAUGUUUCAUCGUUGUGGUUCUGUUUCAAUUUGGCCACACAGAGAUAUCAUUAUUUCUGAAAUGCCACCAACUUUUCGCGAAGAAUUCCCAAACACUCUAGUUAUUAUUGAUGGAACAGAAAUAAAGAUUCAGAGACCAAGUUCUAUGACCCGUCAAAGCCAGUGUUAUUCUGAUUAUAAGUCUUGCAAUACGUUGAAGGGGCUUGUUGGAAUUGACCCCAGAGGCUCAAUCAUAUUCGCUUCAAUGUUGUUUUCAGGUGCCAUUUCUGACAAGGAAAUUACCCGACAGAGUGGAUUUCUAUCAUUAUUACAAGAAUUAAAAGAAUGUGGAAAAAUAAAUGAUGGUGACGGUGUGAUGGUUGAUAAAGGUUUCCACAUUUCAGAGGAAAUUGAGAAACUUGGCCUUAAAUUAAACACUUCACCUUUUGCCAGGUCAGGAAGUCAGAUGAGUAAGGCCGACAUAAAACUCACAGAAAAAAUUGCGAGACACAGAGUCCAUGUCGAGCGAGCUAUAAGUCGGGUAAAAAACUUUAAGAUACUGUCGCAAAGAAUAGACUUGGCAUUAUUUACCUGCAUAAAUCGGAUCUGGUUUGUGUGCUGCUUCGUGACAAACUUCAUGGGAUAUUUGAUUAAAUAAAAGUAGACUGUAAACGCAUACUAAAUGAAAUGCUGUCAGUUCACUUAUACUGAUGGAACUAAUAUCUAGUUAAGUCUUUUGCGAACAGUGCAGAUCAUGAUCAGUCUACAUUUGCUUGAAGACUGAUCAUGAUCUGCAAUGUUCUCUGUUCAGUCACUAGCUUUUCAUUGAACACACGGUAUAAUGGUAUAUACUUACAUGGUAAGACAAUCCACUUCCUACAACUUGUGGACCUAUAUGUGUGUCGGUAUAUUUUGUACUUGUACUUGAUUCUUCUACUAAGUAUGAAAUUGGAGAUCCAUUAAGUUGUUUCAAAGCUGAGAUACAGUCAUUUGUAACAGGGAUUUUCCUGAAAAUAUAUUUGUCAAAUAUAAAUUAGAAAAGGUUAUGAUGAAUAUUGAUUUUGUGUUAACGAUUGUACUAUAAUAGCAUCAAUUUAUAAUAAAUAAAUCAGUUUAUUUUC